AUGGUGGCCCGAUCAACCGGAGGCUCCAAACCCGCCGACGACGGCGACGAAGAAACCGCAACCGGAGACAAUGCAACCGCAGAGGUCACAGACUACGAGCAAAUCAGAGACCAAAGAAUCAAAGCGAACAAGGAGCGAAUGCAGAAGCUGGGCCUUUUCGACCUUGCGCAGAAGCUCAAGUCCAAACCCUCCGCCGCUUCAAAACCCCGCCGCGGCCGUCUGCCGAAAGACCCCUCCGAUCAGACCAAUCCGAAACCCCCUCUCUCCCCAGCAAGGCGCUCUUCCCGGUUGAAGACUAUGGCUCCGGUGAGCUAUGUGGAGAUUAGGCCCAAAGGGAAGAGGGAGUCCACGUGGAACAGUGAGAUUAACAUUAAGGAAGGGAAAAGGCCGGAGAUUUAUACAGAUGAAGAUGAAAGGCUAUUGGGGGAUUGCAAGGAGACUUGGGAGCUCUCGGUUGAUGGGUAUGGAGAAGACAGGAAGCGGAUCUAUGAUCCGGUUAAGGGCGAAACUUGCCACCAAUGCAGGCAGAAAACUCUUGGUCAGCAUACACAUUGCUGCAAAUGUAACUUGGUUCAAGGGCAGUUUUGCGGAGAUUGCUUAUACAUGAGAUAUGGUGAGAAUGUGAUUGAAGCCAACAAAAAUCCUGAUUGGGUUUGCCCUGUUUGUCGGGGUAUUUGCAACUGCAGUCUUUGCCGUAAAGAAAAAGGUUGGGAGCCCACUGGUAAUCUGUAUAGGAAGGUCAUAAAUCUGGGUUACAAGUCUGUGGCACAUUAUCUUAUUCAAACCCGUCGUUCCCAACCAAAAUCAGAAACCUCAGGUGCAGAGGAAUCAGUGCAGGAUGAUAUGAAACAAGAAACAGAAGAUGGACAAGUAGCAGGGGAAAAAGAAAUGGAAGAGGUUCAGCCUGUUGCUGCCAAAGAUAUGGGUAACAUACAUGAUACCGGUUCUGGAGUUGCUGGGGAUUCUGUUGAAGGUGAGACAAAGGAAAAGUCGAGAAGGAGGAGCACAAGGUUGAGGAAGACCUAA